UUGCACGCCACGACAGACAUCGCCGGCAAGCGAGAGAUAGAGGAGGGGAUAGCCUCAAGCCUGCACGCGUACGUGAGUUCGGCGAAGGGGACAAAGGCUAGCUCGUUGAUGUGCACGAGACCUGUUUCUUGCUGCGGGCGCCCAUACGCCGGCCGCUAUCUAUCUUGGCAGGAUUCAUCUUCUUAUCUCCAGAAUUAUUGCUGUGUACGUUUGUUCAUGGCACGAUAUAGCCCCGUUCUGAACGUAGAUACACCCUGAAUAGUGCGUAGUAUACAUCCUACUCCAAUAUCCAAGAUAUAUAAUUAAUUGUUGUGAGGUUGUGUCCAUGCUAUGAGAAUAUGAUAUGUUACGGUUACUAGAUUUUGCGUUAGAAUAUAAAGAUAUACUGUCCCAGAUUUCCCUCUUGUAUUAAAUGCUAUUAUGUCAUAACUCGUAUCAUCAGAAAAUCUGAUAUGGCACCUUAUUGAUGAUUAUGGUAUAAUGUGUUGGGACUAUCCUUUUAUAAGUAUCUUCGGAGGGCACGGAUUGUGUCUCCGGCCUUCCUGCUCCCUCUCCUCUGGGUCCAUGCAGAGAACCAUGAAGAAGCUCACGGCACCGGCGGUACUGCUAGCGGCGGCAGCUCAUGUCCUGCUGCUGACGCUGAGGACGGCGCAAUGCUUCAACCCAGAGAUCUACAACACAGGCGGGCUCAGCCGCCGCGCGUUCCCGGCGGGGUUCGUCUUCGGGACGGCCGCGUCGGCGUACCAGGUCGAGGGGAUGGCCAAGCAGGGAGGCCGGGGGCCUAGCAUCUGGGACGCCUUCAUCAAGGUACCAGGGACGAUCCCUGACAAUGCCACGGCUGAUGUGGCGGUCGACGAGUAUCAUCGAUACAAGGAAGAUGUGAACAUAAUGAAGAACAUGGGCUUUGAUGCAUACCGGUUUUCGAUCUCUUGGUCUAGGAUCUUCCCGAAUGGAACUGGUGAGGUGAACCAGGAAGGAGUGGAUUACUACAACAGGCUAAUAGAUUACAUGAUUCAGCAAGGAAUCACCCCAUAUGCAAACCUCUACCACUAUGACCUCCCGUUGGCACUCCAUGAGCAGUACCUUGGCUGGCUUAGCCCAAAGAUCGUGGAGGCGUUUGCAGACUAUGCAGAAUUCUGCUUCCAGAUGUUUGGAGACAGGGUGAAGAACUGGUUUACCUUCAACGAGCCGAGGUGCGUCGCGGCCCUGGGCUACGAUAAUGGCUUACACGCACCAGGAAGGUGUUCUGGAUGUGCUGCUGGAGGGAACUCCACUACAGAGCCGUACCUUGUCGCGCAUCAUCUCAUACUUUCUCAUGCAGCUGCGGUUAAGCGAUACCGUGAUAAAUAUCAGCUCUACCAAAAGGGGAGGAUUGGAAUUCUCUUGGAUUUUGUGUGGUACGAACCUUUCAGUGACAGCAACGCGGAUCGAGCUGCGGCGCAGCGAGCCAGGGACUUCCACCUCGGCUGGUUCCUCGACCCCAUUGUAAACGGACGGUACCCAUACUCAAUGCAAGAGAUUGUAGAGGAUAGACUGCCAUUGUUCAGUGAUGAAGAGUCCAGGAUGGUGAAAGGCUCCAUAGACUAUGUUGGCAUCAACCACUACACUUCUUUCUACAUGAAGGACCCUGGUACAUGGAACCUGAUGCCGAUCAGCUACCAAUAUGAUUGGCAUGCUAGUUUUGUCUAUGAAAGAAACGGUGUCCCUAUCGGCGCUCAUGCAAACUCCUACUGGCUGUACAUUGUACCAUGGGGAAUCAACAAGGCUGUCAACUAUGUCAAGGAAACCUAUGAAAAUCCUAUAAUGAUCCUUGCUGAAAAUGGAAUGGACCAACCAGGUAACAUCAGUAUUUCUCAGGGUGUGCACGACACGAUAAGAAUUCGCUAUUACAGAGACUACAUAACAGAGCUCAAGAAGGCGAUAGAUGAUGGUGCCAGAGUCAUUGGGUACUUUGCGUGGUCAUUGCUUGACAACUUCGAGUGGAGGCUUGGGUACACUUCCCGGUUCGGCCUGGUCUAUGUGGACUACAAGACACUGAAAAGGUACCCCAAGGAUUCAGCUUUCUGGUUCAAGCACAUGCUCUCCAAGAAGAGGAGCUAGAAUUGCGGACAAGAGGGCCAAUGGUUUCAGGUGUCACACAAAAGUUCACUCUGUACAUCUAACUCCUAGAUGUCAGAUUAGCUUUAAGAAACCGUGCAAAUAAUAGUGUUUCGAUCUCGACAUCUCUAGAUUUGUCAAUUGUUGCAAUACUAAAAUAAUAAAGUGGUGCCUUCAAA